GCAAGUUGCCAAUAGCUGACAAAAUGGAAUAUUGUUUCGCGCUUUGUGUCAUGUUAAUGAACUUUGCAAUUUUAUAUCGAGGUACCAGAGCAAACGAAAUGCUAACGAAUGUUUUGUUCAAAGUUCUUUCCAAUGAGAAAAGAAUUGAUGACCUUGAAGUACAAUUCAAAACCUCCAUGGAAGGAUUAAACACAAGAUUGUCAGAAGAGUUGAACAAAAUCACAGACAUUAAAGCAAUAUGAACCCAGCAUGGGUGAAAUUAGAAAGGACAUUAAAGAUACGAUAUCAAACACGGUAACACAGAUGGUAAAAUCACAACAUGUUGCACUGAAUAAAGCGGGAAAAGGUCGCAAUGCUGAAAACAAAAACGGAAAUAAAAGAGCAUAUGAACUUGAUGAAUAAAGCAUUUAAUAACACAAAGAAAAACUAUGAUGAACGUUUCACAAACCAAACAGCUGCUGUUCAAGACGAGUUUCAGGCGCAGAAGGAAAAUGCUGAAAAUUUCAUGACGAAAGUAUUCAAUAAAAGUCAAGAACAUUUUAAUCAACUAACAGAAAAUUUCGAAAAUGCACAGAGAAGGUUUGAAGAUCUUUUUAGCAACAAAACUGAUAGGUUAGACAACAGGUUCAAUAUUCAGUCUGAAAAGGUUGACAUCCUAAUUGAGACCGUACUAAGUGAAAGUGAACAACUUCAUCAAACGGUUGAAGCAUACACAGAAGAUACAAAGAACUCAGCACAAAGCCUGAAAGAUGGACUGAAAGAGACUUUGAAACAACUGAAAAACGAAAUCUUCAAAAACCUUACUGACGAAACAAGCGGAUUAGAGUCACGUCUCACGUCCCAAAAUUCCCUAUUGAAGAGUCAGCUAGAUAGUCUUACUGAGACCGUACUAAGUGAAAGUGAACAACGUCAUCAAACGGUGGAAGCAUACACAGAAUAUACAAAGAACUCAACCCAAAGCCUGGAAGAUGGACUGAAAGAGACUUUGAAACAAAUGAAAAACGAAAUCUUCAAAAAUCUUACUGACGAAAAAAGCGGAUUAGAGUUACGUCUAUCUUCGAUUGAGGGAAGAAUGACAAGUCACCAUGUUGGUUUCUCUGCAAGACUUACAAAGACACUACUAUCUGUACCAAAGCUCACCAGGUUAUUUUUUUAUAGUGAUAGGUAUGAUGGAUCGUCCAACUUUAAUUCGUCCACAGGAAUAUUCACGGCACCUAUCAGUGGCAUGUACUUGUUUCUCUUUACUGUUGAAUGUAAUACUUCCAAAGUUGCACAUGUUUGCUUGAGUCUGUCAGGCUAUUCCGAAGUUUGCACACUUGCUAGCGGAGAUCAGACCGGCAGCAAUUUCUAUGUAAAAUAUAUGUCUGCUGGAACUGAUGCUUUUGUUCAACACAUGACAUAUACCCUUAUAGAACAACAUUUAGUGGAGUUCUGAUCCACAUCUAGAAUGACUACAUAUGAGCAUCCCUGCAUGUAGAUGCAAAAAGGUGUUGAACACUCAUAUUGUACCUUCAUUUGAUUGUCUUACGUAACUGACUGGUUGCCAAGGCGACCAUUGCAUCUCGUUCAGAUUGUUUGGUGAAAAUGUUUAAUUAAUCCAUUGGAUAAUGAUAUUUUUAUGUACACAAUAUAACCAUAUUAUUCGUCAUUUGAAUAUUUGAUUGACAGCUGGAGAUUAGUGAAUUAUUGAUACAUACUAUGCAUUACGUGUAAGGGGUGAAAAACGAGUGAUGUUCAAUAUGCACUGAUGUAUAUACUCCGUUUAUAUACAUCUUACUAGCCGAAUUAAUAGCAGCCGAACUUCUGAUACAGGCACAAUAAUGGUAAU